AUGGCGGAGGACAUUCUUGCUACUUCAGCAAGAGAUUUGAGACGGGCAACCGACCACGUGCAGUUGAAGGAUCUCCUGGAUGACCUUGUCAAUGGGAAGCUGACUCACCUUGUGGCUUUGGAUGCCGGGGGCAUCGCUUGUCUUCCAGCCCCGGAAAUUCCUCCCAACACCCUGCUGCUGCCAGGGUCCUUCAACCCAGUACAUGAAGGUCAUGAGGAGAUGGCACGGCAGGCAGCAGAGAUGCUCGGCAGGCCAUGCAGCAAUGUCCUUUUUGAGCUUUGCGUGAUAAAUGCUGAUAAAGGUGCCAUCGAUGUUGCCACAUUAUGCACCCGGAUUGAGCAGGCAGUUGCGCGCGGAAACCGUGUUCUGGCGAGCAGGGCCAUGCUUUUUCAAGACAAAGCAGAUUUGUUUCCAAACUGUGACUUCAUCGUCGGGUACGACACCUACAGGCGGGUGCUACACCCCAAGUACUAUGCUCCACCUGGUAGCAGCGAAAGAAGCUCAGCUGAAGAGCAGGCAGCUUGGGUUCUCGAAGCACUGCGGCGACUGCAAAGCAGACAGAUUCGCUUUGUUGUGGCUGGGCGUGUUGACGGCGACAAUUUCAUGACCUUGGACUCGAACCCGGCCAUGGAUUUGCCUGAGGAUAACUUGAUUGAACAUAUUGCCCCGCUCAUUGAGGGACAUGAUGAAUUGUUUUGCAGCAUCGACGGAUUUGCAAUUCCACCAAGCGAGCAUAUACACCGAGUGCUUCGAGAUGACGAAGUUCUGAAAGUCAAGGCGAAGAGGAGGCGGGUUUCAUACCACUUGGCACACACUCCACAUGUGGCAGGGGUGCCCCAUAUUGACCCUUGGGAAGCCGACCGUGGACGCUUGAUCGACGCACUCCGUCUUUGCGGAGCGGCUUUCAUUCCAAUCAAGAAGGAUGUUUUUGGAGAAGGACCACAUUUCCCGGCGUGGCAGGAUUUGUGGAGAGAAGCACUGGAGGAUUUUAAGAGCUUUUGCAAGCGAAGUGUAGUUCGCAAGCGGCAAUUGAGAUUCUCCAAAGGUGAGGAUUUGCUGCGCACACGGGUUGGUGAAAGCAAAGCCCACACUCCUGACGUCCGCUACAACUUUGGAGUGGGCCAUGAUGCAGCAAGCGAGGGCCGUGAGGGCUGGAGAGACCUAGCGUGGAUAUGUGAUGACUUCAGGCGGAUGUUGUCCAUUUUAACGAACAUGGUGAAGGAAGAAUUGUCACUAGCCGCGGCAGACUUUAAGGAGCCGUGUGGUACGCUUGCAGCGAAGGUGCUCUCUGAUUGCGAGAGCUGGGCCGGCAGUCGCUUGCGUCACAGCCUCUACCCGCCAAAUGGAUCCUGCACGGAGCACACCGACUACGGCGUUCUCACUCUACAGCAGAGCACUGGGCCGGGCUUAGAGUAUUUUGCAGACAAUUCGUGGCAAACUUUGGAGCCACCCAAUGGCUUCGCAGUGAUAUUUGCUGGCGACAUGCUUGAGGUCAUGACAAAUGGCCAGGUCAGGGCCCUGGUUCAUCGGGUUUCUCCAGGAGAUUUUCGCCAGUCGCACAUUGUUUUCUUGCAGCCCGACCGUGAUACAAUCGUGCAGCCCCUGCAGUCACAUUUGCGCAAAGAUGGGACUGACUUCCCACCGGUCACCUAUGGUGAAUGGCACUCAAAGAAGACGAGCCUCGCCUUCCGCAAGUUUUUACCUGCAAAAGGUGGACAGAAUUCCAAAAUCAUUUGGUUGUCUCAUGGCUUUGUGCACGGGUUGCUGUGA